AUGGAAAAUUAUUUUGCUUAUUCCCGAAAACAGUUAUUUUAUCUGUAAACUUCAAAGAAGGUAAACAUGGCUGAGCUGUUUAAUUUCACUGAUGAACUCUUGGAAAAAAACUGUCUUUGUUGUGCAGUUUGCAAAGACAUCUUGAGGCCACCAAUAAUGUUGAUUGAAAACAUUGGUAAUAUAUGUUCAUCAUGUUUUGAUGAAAAACAUGAACUGAUGAACUGGAGAUACUUGAAUAACUAUGCACUAGAAAACAUUAUCAAGAUGCUGAAACUACCAUGCAAAUUCAAAGAAAAAGGAUGCAGUGAAAGGUUCUCAUAUGAGGAAUUGAUUUUACAUCAAAACAAUUGCACCUAUCGUACAAAGCUAUGUUCCAUGUUUGAAUUUGCUGCUUGUGACUGGGAAGGAAAUACAAGAGAUUUUAUAGACCAUUUCAAAAACUGUCAUGGAGACCAUGUCAUAAAUUUCGAGAACAACUUAUUUUUCCUAGAAACUUCCCUAAAAGAAGUCAAUUUAGUGAAAUUGCUAGUGAUGAAGCAUCACACUUUCAUCUUGAGAAUGAAAACCAAUCUUGAUAAGAAAAAGCUAUACUAUAUGAUUUGCAGUGCAAAGGAUGAUUACAGCUCUUCUUGUGAGUACUCUGUGAAACACAAGGGAUCAAGUGAAAAUUAUAUCAAGACUAAAUCAACAAUUCUUUCAACAUAUCACAUCUACAGUGACUUUGAUGAAAACAUUGCAGUUGAGGUUGAUCUUGAAGCUCUAAAAAAAAUUUCCCACAUUUCAGACACAAUUACGAAUAUUUUUAAGAUGAAAUUGGAAGAAAGUCCAACCGAAGUAUUGGAUGAAAAGAUGUUACAUUUUUUUGAAUGUCCAGUUUGUAAAAACUUCAUGAAACCUCCAAUAUUCCAGUGUCAAUCAGGACAUAGUGUGUGCAAUAUGUGUAGACCAAGAUUAGAAAAGUGCCCUACAUGCAGAGCAACUUUCGGAAGCACUAGGAAUUAUUCCCUUGAAGGGCUAACUGCUGGAGUACAAUAUCCUUGUAUCUAUCAUGACUCUGGGUGCACUGAAAUAUCCUUGGCCAGUCAAAUUGUCAAGCAUGAAAGAGAAUGUCCUUUCAAGCCAUAUAAUUGUCCCUUCACUAACUGUCCCAGUUCAGGAAACCAAGAGGCUAUCAUAAAUCAUAUGAUCAACUUCCAUUUUGAUUCUGUUAUAUAUUCUGGAGCGUCUGGCUAUACUGAAACAUUCAGGAUGGACCAAAAUUUUUACAAUAAGCUUUGUGACAGAAAGUGUGUAAUAGCCUUCAAUCAUAUUUUCCGUUUGACUUGCAGACGAUUUGCAGAUCAGUGUCUCAUGGCUGUUGAAAUCAUUGGAUAUAAAGAUGAGUCAAAAACAUUCAUUUAUGAAGUUGCUAUCAUAGAUAUGAGGAGACCAGAAAAAAAAGUGAUAAGGACUGAUUAUUGUUUGACUGAAAUGCAUGAAGAUGAGUUGUUAAGGAGAUGCAUCACAUUUCCUAAUACUAUUUUGUCUGCUUACUCCAGCAAUGGAGUGGUAACCUAUAGCUUUAUGAUUAGAGAAAAAUAA